AUGUUUUACUUACAAGGUUCUCAGAUGCUCCAGGUUUUGGAGAACUCCCUGAGGAAGCACCUGCCUGAGACCUUAAAGGUUUAUGGGACUGUCUUCCACAUGAAUAAGGGAAACCCAUUCAAGCUCAAGGCUCUGGUGGACAAGUGGCCUGAUUUUAAUACUGUUGUUAUUCGACCCCGGGAGGAGGACAUGGAAGAUGACCUGGACCACUACACCAACACUUACCUAAUCUACUCUAAGGAUCCCGAGAAUUGUCAGAAGUUCCUCAGCUCAUCAGAAGUCAUUAACUGGAAACAACAUCUACAAAUUCAAAGUUCACAGUCAAGCCUGGACAAAGUGAUAGAAACUCUUGGAGCCAUUAAUUUGGGCAAGGUCAAGCAUACACAGGGCUCUCUCUUUAUGAUACUUGAAACAGCAAAGAAACUGGCUCCUUCCUUGGUGGAUGGGAAUAAGUUUGUACGCAGCAGUGACAUGUCCAAGCCCAUUAAUCAAGAGUUGUUCAAACUCAGCUCCCUGGAUGUUACACAUGCUGCAUUGGUGAAUAGCAUCUGGCAUUAUGGUGGCAAUGAGAAAAGUCAGAAGUUCAUUGAGCGCUGUAUCCACACCUUCCCCAACUCCUGUAUUAUGGGGCCUGAGGGGAUUCCCGUGUCCUGGGGCCUGAUGGACCACACUGGAGAAAUGAGAAUGGCAGGCACCUUGCCUCAGUACCGGAACCAGGGUCUCGUUUACCAUGUUGCCUUCCACCAGAUUCAGACUCUAAAUGAUCUUGACUUCCCUAUGUAUGCACAUGUGGAUAAAGCUAACUUCACCAUGCAGAGAGUGGCUGCCAGGCUGGCUCAUGUCCCCAUGCCCUGUACUUGGAACCAGUGGAAUUAUGAGCCUCUAUGA